UCCGGCUCCUGCUCCAGCCCGUGCGCCCGCCGCGGCCGUGGCCCCCCUCGGCGCGGCUCCCCGCGCUGCGCGCCCGCCGCGCCCCGGCCCAUGUACUGGAAGCAUGAGAGCGCCGCCCCGGCGCUGCCCGAGGGCUGCCGGCUGCCGGCCGAGGGCGGCCCCGCCGCCGACCAGGUGAUGGCCCAGCCAGGGUCCGGCUGCAAAGCGACCACCCGCUGCCUUGAAGGGACCGCGCCGCCCGCCAUGGCUCAGUCCGACGCCGAGGCCCUGGCAGGCGCUCUGGACAAGGACGAGGGUCGGGCCUCUCCGUGCACGCCUAGCACACCCUCGGUCUGCUCACCGCCCUCUGCUGCUUCCUCCGUGCCGUCGGCCGGCAAAAACAUCUGCUCCAGCUGCGGCCUGGAGAUCCUGGACCGGUAUCUGCUCAAGGUCAACAACCUCAUCUGGCACGUGCGGUGCCUGGAGUGCUCCGUGUGCCGGACGUCGCUGAGGCAGCAGAACAGCUGCUACAUCAAGAACAAGGAAAUCUUCUGCAAGAUGGACUACUUCAGCCGAUUUGGGACCAAGUGCGCGCGCUGCGGCCGACAGAUCUACGCCAGUGACUGGGUUCGGCGGGCGCGCGGCAAUGCCUACCAUCUGGCCUGCUUCGCCUGCUUCUCCUGCAAGCGCCAGCUGUCCACGGGCGAGGAGUUUGGCCUGGUGGAGGAGAAGGUGUUGUGCCGCAUCCACUACGACACCAUGAUCGAGAACCUCAAGAGGGCCGCAGAGAACGGGAACGGCCUCACGCUGGAGGGGGCGGUGCCCUCGGAGCAGGACAGCCAGCCCAAGCCCGCCAAGCGCGCGCGGACGUCCUUCACCGCCGAGCAGCUGCAGGUGAUGCAGGCGCAGUUCGCGCAGGACAACAACCCCGACGCGCAGACCCUGCAGAAGCUCGCGGACAUGACGGGCCUCAGCCGGAGAGUCAUCCAGGUGUGGUUUCAAAACUGCCGGGCGCGCCAUAAAAAGCACACGCCGCAGCACCCCGUGCCGCCCUCCGGGGCGCCGCCGUCCCGCCUGCCCUCAGCCCUCUCCGACGACAUCCACUACUCCCCGUUCAGCAGCCCCGAGCGGGCGCGCAUGGUCACCCUGCACGGCUACAUCGAGAGUCAGGUACAGUGCGGGCAGGUGCACUGCCGGCUGCCUUACACCGCGCCCCCCGUCCACCUCAAAGCCGACAUGGAUGGGCCGCUCUCCAAUCGGGGCGAGAAGGUCAUCCUUUUUCAGUACUAACGCUGCCGGCUCUUCCGCAUCCGCCCGCGGGCGCCCCACAGCUGCCCCUCAGCCGCUGAAAUCCAGUGUCUGAGCCGCCUCCAGGGAUCCACCCGCUCCACCUUCGCCCCUCGUCCGCCAUCCUGCCCGAAGCCAGCCGGGCCCCCGUGCCUGGCCUUCCCCUCUUCUGCUGAGACUCAAACCCGCCAGGAGCACCACAGAGAGUCCCCCUCUCGGAAGGCAGACUCCCCGAAGCUGGGAAUCAGAGUGAAAACAACGGCCUGAAUUUUCCACUUAGACGGAGUCAUCUUCAACUUCAGCUGAUUCCAAUAGCAAAAGGCCGAGCUGAAUUGUGCGAUGCCAACAGCCUUCACAUUUACAGGUUUUCUUUCUGCCCACAUUGGCCUUUAUUUACUACUUCCUUGGAACCAUCUCUGAAUUCUGAAUAGCCGGCAACCCCCCCAAUGUUAUCCACUCUGUUGCUUUUGUCUGGAAAACUCUACAGUGUUUGUGGGAUGUCCCCAAAGGAGAGCUAUGUUCUAAUUUUAUCAUUUCCAUCUGUCUGGUUAUGUCAAGUUAAUUCAGAGAGAGAAGAGACACUGACCAACCCUGAGGGGCCCAAUAGGGCAGAAAUGGAGGCCUGCCCAGACCAAGAGGUGGGGGCAUAGGUGGGGCCUGGAAGUGGGGUGGGGACAAAGGCCCCCCCUUUGGUUUAGAGAUCAAGAAGGACAGGGCUCAUUGGACUGGGAAAGACACUAGCCAUUUUAGGGAGAGGAAAGAGAAAAUCAGGAUGGGGAGGGGAGGCCCUAGUCCCACCUGCCAUCCAGCAUCUACUAUGUGGAGACAUAGCAGAGAUGGUGUUGGACAAGGUGAUGACGUUUUUGGACGUCUGGGCUGGUUAGGAUCAGGGACCGUUUUGGGCUACUUGUUGACUCCUGAUAGUGGUGCUUAGGCGAGGUCUUCUUGGGGGGGACUACUCUUGGGGAGCUGGGAAUGGAGCCCUGGGAAAUGUCAGUGAGAAUGUUCAUUCUGGACCCCUCGCUGAGUGGAGAGAGGGUGUCUGCUGCCUAGUGAGUGUGCAGGUCUCCAGCGCCGCACUGGGCUUCCCACCAAACCUGCCCCAGCUGGCCCCACCCCCUCCCAAGAACAGCGGCCAAACAGCUGUGUUCACAUCCACACUAGCCUGCUGCAACUCCUCCAUCCCAAACAAAAGGGCUUGGGCUACACAAGACCAUGAUUUAUGUUUUCAGGGGAUGCCCCGUUGUCCUAAGCUUAUCUUGUCACUUUAGAAAAACUUGAUGUCCUGAUGCAUUUCCCACUAGGGGCUGCUAGAAAGCGCUUUAGCCCAAAUCCUCCUUCCUGCUUUGGUUAACCCGAUCUGUUGCUUCUGGAAGGAGACUCUAGGACUGGGAAAGCAAGUUCAUGGUACAUAUGUAUCGGCUGUCCCUCUUUUGCCCAUGGCAGACAUCACAAAUCAAAUGCAGCACUCUUUCUCUCUGAGUCUGGAUAAAGUUUCAGAAUUCAAAUGCUUGCAGCGGGCACUUAAAAGGAAAACCUGUGCGCCAUCUUUGCUCUGGGACCCAGAGGAGGGCUAGACCUGGGCGCAGCCCAAGAAGGGAACCUGCUUACUAUCCCUCCCGAAGAUGGCUCUAGCUGGCUCCGGGCAAAGAGAAGGCUCUACUCAGCAUGUGGUCAGUACCGCUCAGUUCAGAACUCAUCCAGUGAAUAAGGUCACCCGGCCCGGCACUGGGUGCUGAUGUUAACAGGAGCCACUUGGCCUGAUCCCUGGCUUUGGGAAGCUCUAAUCUCUCCUUUGAUUUUUGCUCCCGAUGAUCCAAUGUGCAACCAUGUGGUAAGUGAGCAGCCGAGCCCUGCCCGGGGUCACCCAGUGCCCACUCUGCCUUGAGCCUCCCCCCAGGGUCUGUUCCUCACGUGGAUCACAUGGUCGUAGCAUGUUGCAGUUCAGACAUGUCUCCACUAGCCUGUUAGAGCAGCCUGGGAACGCACAGGCCAUCAAGACUAUUUAUUUAAAUACAAAACAAAAGGGGGAACACACACACGGAAAAAAAAUUGUAAGCACUUUUUUGUAAAACCAAUGUCUGUUUUGUUACAUACCUUUCAUGUUGUGCUUUGUAAAUGUCUUAUUUGUGUAAUAAAUAAAGUUAAUGCAAGUAGAAGUGCUGGCACUUACA